CCCUAUUGCUCCCUUCAUCUUCACCUGAAGGUGUCAGAGAAUCCCUAUACCUCAGGAAACAUCGCCAGCCGAGACACAGCCCCCAGUAUUAUUGUAGCUUCAGGCAAUAUAGGCACUGAACUAUCAGACAAUGACAUCAGCAUGUUUGUUUCUUCUGAUGCUGGGAACACUUGGAGACAGAUCUUUGAGGAAGAGCACAGUGUUCUGUACCUGGAUCAAGGUGGAGUACUGGUCGCCAUGAAACACACAUCCCUGCCUAUUAGACAUCUGUGGUUAAGUUUUGAUGAAGGAAGAUCUUGGAGCAAGUACAGUUUCACAUCCCUCCCACUGUUUGUAGAUGGAGUUUUAGGGGAACCUGGAGAGGAAACUCUCAUCAUGACAGUGUUUGGACAUUUCAGCCACCGCUCAGAGUGGCAGCUGGUGAAAGUAGACUACAAGUCCAUUUUUGAUCGGAGGUGUGCAGAAGAGGACUACAGGCCUUGGCAACUCCAUAGCCAGGGAGAAGCUUGCAUCAUGGGAGCAAAAAGGAUCUACAGGAAGCGCAAGUCAGAGAAGAAGUGCAUGCAAGGAAAAUAUGCUGGGGCCAUGACCUCGGAGCCAUGUGUGUGCACAGAGGCAGACUUUGACUGUGAUUAUGGAUACGAACGCCACAGCAAUGGGCAGUGUCUACCAGCAUUUUGGUAUAACCCAUCUUCCUUGUCAAAAGACUGUAGCCUCGGACAGAGUUAUCUCAACAGCACCGGAUACCGGAAGGUUGUUUCUAAUAACUGCACGGAUGGUGUGAGAGAGCGGUACACAGCAAAACCACAGCAAUGUCCUGGCAAAGCCCCCCAGGGCCUUCGCAUAGUCACAUCUGAUGGCAAACUGACAGCUGAGCAAGGACACAAUGUCACUUUCCUGGUGCAGCUGGAAGAGGGAGACCUCCAGAGAUCCCUCAUUCAGGUGGAUUUUGGAGAUGGCAUUGCUGUGUCAUAUGCCAAUCUCAGCUCAACAGAAGAUGGGAUCAAGCACCUCUAUCAGAACGUGGGCAUAUUCCGAGUGACUGUGCUGGUGGAAAAUAGCCUGGGUUCUGACAACGCUGUCCUCUACCUGCAUGUAACAUGCCCCUUGGAACAUGUUCACUUAUCUCUGCCAUUUGUCACCACAAAGAACAAGGAGGUCAACGCUACAGCAGUACUGUGGCCAAGCCAAGUGGGAACACUUACUUAUGUCUGGUGGUUUGGGAACAACACGGAGCCACUGAUCACAUUGGAAGGAAGCAUCACAUUCACAUUUUCUGUGGAAGGGAUGAACACCAUCACCGUUCAGCAACAGAGAUUAAGAAUCUUUACUCACCACCGUAUCAUUGUAUCUGCAGAGCAAUUUCAGUCCCUGCGGUUAUCAUUCUCUCCAAACCUGGAUGACUACAAUCCAGAUAUCCCAGAGUGGAGAAGGGACAUCAGUAGAGUAGUCAAGAGAGCUCUGGUGGAGGCAAUGGGUAUUUCAAGCAAGCAUAUUCUGGUCGCUGUGCUCCCUGGUCUGCCCACAUCUGCUGAACUCUUCAUUUUACCAUAUCAAGAUGCCACAGGAGAAAAUAAAAGAACAGCAGCAGACCUAGAGCAGAUUGCAGAAACACUGAUCCAGAAACUGAACCAAAACCUGGUCCAUUUUGAGUUGAAGCCAGGGGUUCGAAUCCUUGUCCAUGCUGCUCAUUUAACAACAGCUCCCCUGGUGGACCUCACUCCCAGUCACAGUGGUUCGGCUAUGCUGAUGCUCCUCUCUGUCGUUUUUGUGGGACUAGCCGUGUUUGUAAUCUACAAGUUCAAAAGGAAGAUUCCUGGCCUUAAUAUAUAUGCACAGAUGCAGAAUGAAAAAGAUCAAGAGAUGGUCAGUCCAGUCAGUCAGAGGGAAAGCAUACCUAAUGUCCCUCAAAGUGAGCUGAUGGGCCCUGAGCAACUAGUAGAUGAGAAGUUGGAAGUCCAGCCCAUAGAGCAACCCCAGGCCACAGUCCAGAACCCAAGGAAAGGAAAUGCAACCAAGGUAGUCUGGACAGAGGACUUCCAAAAGGCUUGUGGAUCACCAAGAGGUUUCAAGCCAAGACCCGGAGCGGAAGUAUUUCCACAGCUGCUGAGCCCCAGAGCACAAAAGAAAUCCCUACCUAUGUAAAUGGUUGAAUUGAGGACACCGAUACAUAUGUAUAUCUAAAAAAAGAGGAGAGCUCACUACAUUUGGACUUUUUAAUUCUUCAGACAACAAAGGGUUUUUAGCUUUAAGCCUGUGCAUGUGGACAUUAUACUGAGACCAUAGUGGAACUGCAUUGUACAGGUGUUCAAUUUUAGUGGGGGGUGGGGGGAGAGGAACUGGUACCACUAUUCACUCCUGCAGCCCUUCCCCUCACCCCUCCACUCUCUUUUUUCUGAUCUGUCUCUAAUUUGUAAAAAAUUCAUAAUGAUAUAGGCC